UUAGCCAGCUCCCGGUGACAUAGCGAAUGCUCCGUGGAGUCUUGAAACUACUCCAGGGGGCUAUUUAUUCCUCAGGUUGGAGUUGAUCCUCUAGAAUCUUCCCAAAGAUGUAUCCUGUAUCUUUCUUUGAAGCUGCUGCUUCAGUCUUACCCAGUUUGUCUCUAGACCUUUGGGGACAAUAGGUCCAAACAAGGGACUCCCUGCCCUCACUAAUUUGCUUCCUUAGACCUCUGCUCUUCUCUGAAAUCUUGUCUGUCAUAACUUCCAGGUUCCUUCCUGAGCUCUUCAUAGGUCCAUUCUGAAUGCCGUGUCCUCGGCUGCCUUGGCUUCGCCGCCACCGAACCUCCCAGGGUUCUAGUCCUGGUUCCCCAAGUACCCUCUCUGCACCCAACUUCCCUAGCAGAGGUGAAGAUGAGGAUGCAGAAGAGGAGGAGGGCGAUGGUACCCCUGGCUCAGGCCCCAUCCUACCCCCUGCAUCUCCCAUGGAAUGUCUUAUCUGUGUGUCACCCUUCGACGGCAUUUUCAAGCUGCCUAAACGCCUGGACUGCGGCCACGUAUUCUGUCUCGAAUGUCUGGCACGCCUGUCGCUGGCUACCGCGGGUGGCGGCGAUGCAGUGGCUUGCCCCAUGUGCCGUGCGCCCACACGCUUGGCCCCGCGCCGGGGGCUGCCCGCUCUUCCCACGCAGCCGGGUCUGCUGCCUUGCGAUGCGCGCGCGCCACUGCCACGCCAGGGUUCUGUGCGCUUUGACCGACGCCGGGGGCUCCUGUAUCUGCGGCCACCACCGCCCUCUCCCGGACCACGCAAGAGCCGCACAGUGCGCGCCCCACCGCCUCCACCCCCGCUGCGCCUCGGCCGCCCGCUGUCACGUCGCCUGUCCCUGAGCAGUCCAGCGUGGGCCUUCAACGCGGCAGUGGCCCUGGCUGUGCUGGUGGCUGCGGGUCUCGUGGUCUCUGGUGUCUACAUCUUCUUCCUCAUCCCUCAUGUCACCACCUCCAGCCCUGCGAGGCCUCAGAUCGUGGCGCUGGCCCCUGAAAAUGGCUUCUGGGUCUCACCGCGACCCACGCCAGUGGCGCCCUGGACCCACACCUGGACACGACGCCCCACAAAGCCUGACCUGGACGAUACCCUGACAGAGGCUACCAAGGACACGCCCGAGCUUGAGGAGGCAACCAAGGGCCCAGUGGAGAUACAGGAGACCCCGGAUUUAUCACCGGAUCAAACACCAAACGCAGAGACUGACCUUAGCUGGGACCGGAAGGCUUGGACUGAUGGAAAGAGGGUGCAAUUGCAGCAAUAAAUGCCUCCCCGCUGCAGGCUCAGUCGCCUGGCCUGGGGACUUCUGUGGCAUUUUGGAAGGCAGUAACAAAAUGCAUACUAAAGCGCCCAUUUCUCCGAAUCGGGGACUGGAAGGACACGAACUCUCUCAAACCACGGUAAUUAUUCUACAAGAAUACUCUGAGAACAUCUGUAAUUCCCGUGACCAUCAGCUGAAGGUACUCUGGCCAUGACCUUAAUGAACGGCAUUCUUUUGUAGGUCUAGAUGGGGUAUCCCCAGUGCUCAGCUCUGUGGAAGUCCAGCCGGCCAGUCCCCGAGUGUCAUCUACACAGAACUGUGUCAGGGCACUUUAGCCUUGAUCUUGAUGGAAUGCUGUUAGGAGUACUUCGAGUUAUCACCAGCACGGCCCCCAGCUGGAAACAGUC